AAGAUCAAUACCAAUAAACCACAUGAUAGGGCCAGUUCAUAUCAUGCUUUUUGAACGCUCUGUACAAUGAAGUUUUCUAUUUAUAUAAGUGGAGGUUCGAUCUACCAUGUUUACAAAAUAUUGGUGACAAAUCUCAGGACAUGUGGAAAUACCAGGGUGGCAGCCAUUUUGUGAAUUGUUUUCUGUAGAGACACUUCCUGUUUGUAAAAUGUGGAUUUUUUUUUUAAAUAUGAUUGCGGAUUUACUAUAAAGUAAGAAAAGGAUUUUUUAUGUAAAUAUAAAUUGUCCAUUAUGGAGCCUAGUUACAAGAUUAAACAGUGGAGUCAUCACAUGAGCCCUGCGAUUUCCAGAAUACGCAGACCCACAGACUCCACUGGUGUCAAUAACAAUUGGAACAUGAGCGGGGUGCCAGGAAGCGUUCAAGAUGAGUAUUCACAGUCCAGGAAGGACCAGCUCUUGUUAAAAGAGCAAAAACGAAUUGAAGAGGAGAGACGUCGUAAACGUCAGCAGACGACAAUGGUUGUUGCAAACACUGACGGUCGGCCAAACUCCGGUCGUAAGAACAAAGGGGAGAGACAACCCAUUUUGAAGACAGACACAGGCUCGAAACCCACAACUCCGACAAACUUCCACGGAAUAAGCGCCUAUUCUAGCCAAGCUAACAUGCAUGCCUCAGACCCUGAGAUCAAACACCACUGUUUAAGGACAGAUUAUUCUAAAAUCGAUAAUGAACUCAGCACAGAGUACCUGGGUCCCGCCAGCUACACAGAUGGCAGUAUCGACUCGCACGCACCAACGCUGAUCCUAAAUGACAACACAGUGGACAGCUGUAGCGACGGGCCAUCAGACAAUGAUGACAUUCCUACUAUAGACACUGAGGGAAAUACACCUGCGAAAUCAAAAAAGAAAAAGGGCAAGGGAAAUAAUCCUGAAAAUAAUUGGGUUCACACCCCUGAGAGGAAUUUUGAGUUUAUAUCUAGCCCUGAAAAUCUUAGCCCUUCCCCAAAUAGGGCUAAUGAAGCGAAAAAUGUAUCGAAACCCAAACAAGGCGAAACUGACAAUUUUCAAGCAGCAGAUUCCAAGCCGGUACCUGGCGGUAGGAAGAAGAAAAAGAAGAAGGAGAAGGCGACCCCAACUCGGUCCCCUGCGACCCGCGGCAGUCAGCAGGAGAGCCCUGAAGACCCAGACGAGGAGCCCGCGCUGGAGAGCAUGCCCGUAGGUCCAGUACCCGGUGCACCCAGGACCGCUAGCACUCGCAAUCUGGAGGAGAUGGCCAAGCAUAAGAACAAUGAAUCGGACGGUGAUGAUGAUGACGACGCGAAGGGGGCAGCAGGCCGGACCUACAGCCCCGACAUGACGGAUAACCUGGACGAGUUUGUGAUGCGCCCUGCCCCCCAGGGGGUCACAGUCAAGUGCAGGAUCACACGCGACAAGAAGGGCGUCGACCGGGGCAUGUACCCGACCUACUUCCUGCAUAUGGAGAGGGAGGAUGGAAAAAGGGUAUUUUUAUUAGCUGGUAGAAAACGUAAAAAGAGCGCUACAGCAAAUUAUUUGAUCUCUACUGACCCAACAGAUCUUGCACGAUCUGGCGAUUCAUAUGUCGGAAAGUUAAGGUCAAACUUGCUUGGAACUCAUUUUACAUUGUAUGACCAUGGUGAAAACCCAAAGCAAGGCAUGGACAAAGCAAGAAAAGAACUGAUAGGAAUUGUAUAUGAAACCAACGUGCUGGGCUUCAAGGGUCCACGUAAGAUGACCAUCAUCAUUCCAGGCAUGAACCUUGACCACGAGAGGGUGGACAUCAAGCCAGUUAAUGACCAUGAUGGUUUGAUUGAGCGCUGGAAGAGGAAGAAUAUGGACAACAUCCUGGAGCUGCACAACAAGAGCCCGGUCUGGAAUGAAGAGACCCAGUCUUAUGUGUUGAACUUCCAUGGACGCGUCACCCAGGCUUCUGUGAAAAAUUUCCAGAUUGUUCACGAUAACGACAUGGACUAUAUCGUGAUGCAGUUUGGCCGAGUAGCGGAAGACGUGUUUACCAUGGACUUUAACUAUCCAAUGUGCGCGUUACAAGCAUUUGGAAUAGCCCUGAGCAGUUUUGACAGCAAACUUGCCUGCGAAUAACAUGCCCCACCCACCUGGCAUUGUAUAGAUGGUAGAAGAUUCAAGUGCAAUGUCAGAAAGGAGCAUUGCUGUGGUGAUAUAAACAGCUAUCAGGAUAAUAGUGCAUAUAAUAUUCAUAUCUUCAUUCAAAAUCAGUUUCAAAGCAAUGCUCUCAGUAUUGAUGGGGAUGAAACAGUUUUUACUGUACCAAUUUUUUGCUGAUUCAUCGCCAGUAGCCCAGAAUGCAAUGCUACAAUGAGUGCAACCAGUGCAAUCAACAAGAAAAUAAUAGAGAAGAAAAAUCAUUGUUGUCCGAUUACUGUUGCUGGUUUCUGUAAUUCAUUAUAGAUAAUUGUUAAUGAAUAUCAUGUGAGAGUUAUUCCAAAAGUAAUAUAAACAAAUAAACAGUUGAAUUUAUUAUGGUGAAUUUUGCAAUAAGUUUAUACUUCAUGUACAUUCCCAAUGUGCUUAUAUUGACAUGUGAUGGGUUUUUUAAUUGUUUAACAUCACAAAGUGUUCAGAUUUCAAUUUUAAGAACUGUUUAUGAUUAAUUAAAAAAAAACUUAGGUGCCCUAACAGUUGACUGAUUAUUUCUUUAAAUAUUGGAAUUGUUUGAGCAUAUCGUCAAUAUAAAGAUUUUAAUGGGACCACUUCAUAUAGUCAUUUGUUUUCAUAUAAUUGGCAUCUUAUAAUGGGAUUCAAAAUGGAAACAUAUCAGUAUACUUGUGAAUACAUGUUUAGUGUAGACCUUACGGAGAAUUGCAAUUUUUUAUUAGACAUUUGAACAUAACAGCAUUACAUUGUUUCAUAAUAAUAAGGUUUGUUUCCUAUUUAUAUCUUCUUUUCUACCCUUUACGUGUUUGACAGUUUUAGGAGCAUGUUGGCAAUUGUUACAUAAUGUAUUUUAUUGGUGUAGGAAGCGGGUAAAAGAUCAUUUGUAAAAUUAUUAAACUUUUGAAUUAUUAACUCUUUGCAUGCUGGGAAAUUUGUUGUCUGCUAUAAUGUCGUCUGCUGAAUUUCUAAAAUUAGCAUUUUCUUCGAUUUUUUUCAAAGAAUACUAUCAGAAUAGCAAACAGUUUGGAUCCUGAUGAGACGCCACGUUCUGUGGUGUCUCAUCUGGAUCCAAACUGUUUGCAAAGGCCUUCGAAAUUCGGUUGCAGCACUGAAAGAGUUAAGACAGUGUGUGUGUGUGUAUUUACGAUGACGAUGUAUUUGUGAGUCAUGUGUUUGCAAAAAUCAUUGAAGCAUUUUUCGCACAAUAUGCAUGUCUUCGACUUAAGCUAAAACUGCUUAUUCAUUUUACAUAGCUUUAACUCACAAUCAUUACUACAAAGUCUGUCACUGUCAUGUAGUGAAUAAGUCCAUCAUUUUCUUGUCUCAUAUUUGUCUAACUUGAGAGUUAUUGACCGUUUUGUAUACUGGUAAGAGUGAGAAGUCCACAAUGUUUCUAUCCAAUAUAUUUUGCAUGUAUUGUUACUCAAUAUUGUGAUAUCUCCCCUCCCCAUAACAAAUCCUUGGACAAAGGAUUUGUACAGUUGUGUUGUCCAUAAAUAUGUAUUUAAAUUGUUAUCUGAUCCACCAACCAGCUAUGUCUGUUUGUCAAUUUGGUUUGUUAAAGCUUUACAGCGCAAAUAUUUACUGUUUAAAUGUCACUACUAUUGAUAGUAGUGUACACGUUUUUUUAUUUUCAAUAUUCCAUUUGGUUGUACAUUAUGUAUAUACCAAUACAUGUUUAAAAUUAUAUAUAUUAAUCAAAUAAAAACAGUCAUGUAUUUACUGUGAUUUUCUUUGCUUUUAUUGAUAUAUUUUUAUCUUCAUUAUAUUAAGUUUACAAAAUAUUGCUCUGUAUAGAGUUAUGAUUAUUUAUAGCUAAAUUUAUUUCAAAAUAUUAUAUAUUUCUCGUUAAAAACUGUGAUGCAUGAAACAUUCUUCAAACAUCACAAUAUGUCCAGAAUAUUGACCUCAGAACAGGGAUUAUGUAUUAUUUAUUUAUAUCAAUUAUCAUUUAUUUUGUUUUUCACAGUUUAUUUUACCACUGAGGAGGUAUUUGCAAAAGAUUCUGUGUUUGUCUUUUAACAACCUUCCCCACCCCUUGCCCUAUCGGGGUUCCCCUUCCUUUAUAUGGUAGCUUUUUACGGAAUAUAGGACUUUAAAAGUCUUACUUUUAUGCCUCCUGUUAUUAUUAUUGAGCAGAGCUAUGGGAAAACUGGGCUUAAUGUUUGUUUUAAGGGUAAUCCAAGAUUAGCGUGUGCAGUUUGCACAGGCUAAUCAGGGAGGACAUUUUCUGCCUAGACUAGAUUUUUGUUAUGAAGAAAUACCAUUCCAACAAAUAAUUCCAUUGCCUGUAUGGAGUGCACAGGCUAAUCUGGGAAAUAC